ACCGAGAGAUCUGCAAGCGCUGAAUGCUUCUGGCUAAAUGGUUUUAUAAAAAACAGAGCAAACGUUUAUUUAAAACAAUGGACAUUUAUCUUUAAUUUUGUAUCGAAUGAGGUGGGAGAACGUUGUUAUUUCCUUGUAUAAACAUGAGCUCUCAUAUAAUUACUCCCGGACCGUACAGAGCAACGAAAUUGUGGAAUGAGGUGACGCGCUUGUUUCGGGCAGGCAUGCCCAUCAAGAAGCAUCGUCAAAACUUCAGGGUCUACUCUUGCUGCUUCACCGCCUCUUCUGCUGUGGACUGGUUGCACGAGAUGCUCCGCUGCAACAGCAACUUUGGACCCGAUGUCACCAGACAGCAGACAGUUCAACUCCUGAAGAAGUUUCUAAAAAACCAUGUGAUUGAGGACGUGAAAGGUCGUUGGGGUACAGAGGACCUGGAGGACAACCACAUUCUUUACAGAUUCCCUUCCACGUCUCCUUUAAAGCCUGUCCCGUGCUUAGCUCCAGCUCCAGCCACCAGCUCUAUGAGAAGAAGACCUUCACUUAGGGACAAAGAAGGUUUCUUUAAAUUUAAAACCAUAAAGAAACAUGACAAAGAGUCUUUGGAAAAUGUGGAUCCAGCUCUCCAAGCCAAUCAUGGUGGUCAGAGUCAGCUUGCAGAUGAGCAGAAGCUGCAGAGAAGAGAGUUGACGGUGGAGGAUGAACAGGAAAUCUGGAGAGACAUCACCCUGACACACCUGCAGAGGAUUCUGGGAGUUGUGUCCUUGAGUGAAGUCCUGGACCCGUGCUGCAUCAAUCCACAACACAUCAUUCAUAACAUGACCAAAGUCAACAAACACGGAGUGGUUGCACUGGAUGACAAAACCAAUGACCUUCCUCACUGGGUUUUGUCUGCCAUGAAAAGUCUGGCGAACUGGCCGAAGUACGACAGCGAGCAGCCCUCCUAUCCUGGCUUUGAAAGAGACGUCUUCAAAACCGUGUCUGAUUAUUUCUACAGCCUUCCACAUCCAUUACUCACAUUUGAGCUGUACGAACUGUUCAUUAAUGUUUUGGUGUUUUGUGGGUACGUCACGGCUCCCAAUAAGCUUCAACGAGGGAAGCGAAAGAAUUCCGACUUCCCCUCGGUCGCUCCUCCAGCCAAGUCGUCUUUUCGCUCCACCGAGUGUCUCCUGCUGUCCUUGCUGAAGCAGGGCUCCUGCGAUGAAACCGAGUCGCCCAUGAGGGAGGUGAUCGGGGGGAAGCUUCAGUCCCGACUCGAGGUUGAGAAAGCAGGCAGCCGGUUAGGAGGCAGCUGUACGAGCCUCAGCACAGUCCUUUCUGGAAGACCGAAAACCAGGAGUUUCUCCCUAGAAACCAUCCUCGAUGACUCCGCUUCACUCACGCGGCAGCAGCUGUUUCAGUCCAACAGCAGCUUAGCAUCUUGUUCCCAUAGCGACGUGUGCCAGGACGACACCACAACCAAAGACAAUCCUUCGAUCUUAACGUGCGAUUUAAGAACCAAAUCUUUUAAACAGGAAAAUGGACUCCCAGGAUUUUCCUUGGCCUCACAAAGGUUGCGCUCCUUACGACCUCAAAGCGUGGGCAGCUGUCUGGACAUUGCCAUCCAAUCUGGGGAGGAAAAGGUCAACCAGAUAAGACGGCAGGGUCGAUCAACCAGCUGCCUCAACGUGAACGCUCCUGCAAGCCACUCUUACUCGGCUUCCCGUCCCCCCUCCUCUUUUCCUCUUUCUACAACCAAACUACACUCCUUCGGGCCCAGACCCGCCUCCAGCACCUCUAACAUGAGGAUGCUCCCUGCACCCGCCGUUGUCCGGCGCUGCCAAAGCUCCAUGGAUGUGUCAAAGCCGUCGCGACCAAUCUCCCUGUUUAAACCGCCGGUUUUUGCACCCGGCCGAAACUACCAGCUCCCUCAAACCAAAUCCGAGCACAGUGUCCUGCAGCCUCACUGUGAGCGUGUUGCCAUUGAGGCCCUGCAGCUUUGCACCCUCCUCCUCCCUCCUGCGUCUCGGAGGAAGCUGCAGCUUCUCAUGAGGAUGGCGUCUCGCAUCAGCCAGAACGUGGACAUGCCUCGUCUCCACCCUGCAAUUGCCACCCGGACGCUGAUGGUUCACACAUUUUCAGGCUGUAUACUAAGCAGUGCUGAAGAGUGUGACUUGGAUGAGCUGCUGGCUACCAGACUGGUGUCAUUUCUGAUGGACCAUCAGCAAAGUAUCUUCUCGGUUCCAGAAUACCUCCUCAACGCCAUCAGUGACCACAUACAGUAUCUGCGCACAGUACAGGUGCCCGUGGAUGCUGUUCCCAAACCUGACAGCAGGGAGGCAGAUUGUAUUCCUGUACCCAUGUACACAUUUUGCCACCAAAUAAGCGGCGCUGAGUUUGAGGAGCAAAAGCUGACUUCCUCACAGAAAGCUAUGGAGGAGCUGCUGGAGAUCCUGCUUACAGAUCAGAACAUGAGUGAGAAGGACAGACGCAAGAAGCUGAAGCAGUUCCAGAAGCAGUAUCCAGACAUUUACAAGCGACGUGUUUCCUCUUCAGAGCAGGGAAACAAGACGGACAGUAAACCAAAGAUUAAGCCUCCCCUCCUCACCAUCAAGAAAAACAAAACUUUUAGCAUCAGGAACUAAAGAAUUCAAGAAAGGGAAUUCACUCCACACAAGAACUCAGAGAAAUCUUUUACCUUUUACAGACAUUGUUACAUCCCCCUGUUGUUUUAGUUGUGUUUUAGCCAGAGAGAUGCAUUGUGGGGGAUUUAAAACUUGUAUUUGUUGGGUGUGAGUGUUCUAACGUGUGUUGACAGUUGUAUCAGUUCAAGGCAAUCCCUCUUUUAAAAACGGUAUCAUUUAACACGAAUAAGUCUGACAUGUUGAAACGAGGUGAGUUCGGAAGUCACUGGUCGGUUUGGGAUAAAUUGGUCUUUUAUUUAUAGACAUAUUUAUAAGAAUAAGACAUUGGGAGUGUCGCUAGUUGUCCAAAGAUUUUUGUUUUGGAUUCUUUUCUCUUUAAGUUUGACUUUUUUUUUUUUUGCAUCUAAACCAAUUUUUAUUGUAGAUUUUCAUUUGAUCUGUUCUCUCUUUAUUGGGUUUUAAGUUUUUUAAAGUGGAUGUAUGGAGUAUUUAAUAUUUGGACCCCAGCCUUUUCCAGGUUAAUAUUGUUACUAAAAGAAGAGAAUAGAUCUUCUUUGUUUUGUAUUCCCGUUUGUGCAAUUUUUAGAGGUUAAAAUUAGCCAGAAAACUAAAGUUAGUCAAGCAUGUAUCCUGUAAAACAGGCACCUGCAAUGUUUAAAUAUACAAAACUUUAUUGACAGCUCCCAGUAUUAAAGAUCUAAUAGCAGGGUUUGGGGAAAUAUUGGACUCUUUUAAACGAUCCCUUUUUGUUUUUAUUAGUUAUAUGAAGUAUUUUUUUCUCUCUAGAUAUUUGUUUUGACCUCAUCAAAAUUGGAUAUUUUUGAAGUUGAUUUUUAAUGCAGAAUUACAUAGGAGUGUAAAUUGUGCAGCAGAAACAACUUACUGUGUGCUAUGCAAAGUCAUUGGAAAUAAACAUAUUUGUGACUGAAAUGA